CAUGUAACAUAGAAAUACAAUAAAACGCAUACUUCUAGCUAUAUUGUGACGUACAAGCGUCUUGUGUUUACGUUUGAAUUGAUAUUAUUACGUUAAAAUAUUAUACGCGAGAUAUUUGUAAAUAAUAUCGCCAAUUUGGUGACGGACGACAUAAUUAUCGAAGAUUUCGUUCAAAUUUGAAUUCCAUUGAUGAUGCCACCCGUUCCACAGAUGGGAAUGGAGGAACGACCGACAAGAAAUAUGAUUUUAUUUGACCAAACCAAACGUGAACUUUUUACUUUAAACAACGGAUACAAAACUUGGCAUCGAAGGUUGAGAAACUCGUGGAAAGUUGCUCAACAUAAAGAUGAAAUUUCCGAAGAAAGUUUGUCCGAAGCAAAACUUUUCAUCGUCGCAGCACCAAGGGAAAAGUUUACAACAUUUGAGUUUGAAAACUUGAAGCGUUACAUUGACAAUGGUGGUAGUUUGUUGGUGUUGCUUGGUGAGGGGGGAGAGGGAAGUUUCAAUACAAAUAUCAACUUCCUGCUCGAGGAAUACGGGAUUAUGAUCAACAAUGACGCCGUCGUCCGAAGCGUUUAUUACAAAUAUUUCCACCCCAAGGAGGCGCUAGUGAGCAACGGGGUUUUGAAUCGAGCGAUCAGCCGAGCGGCAGGGAAGUCCCUACCUGGGCUCGACGACGGACAUGGGGUGGACGGAGGGGUGAACCCCAUAUCGCAAGCGCUACAGUUUGUAUAUCCAUACGGAGCAACAUUAAACGUGGUGAAGCCGUCAACUGCCGUUCUAUCAACGGGAUCGGCGUGUAUACCUGUCAACCGGCCUGUACUGGCUACUUGCCAACCUAAGAGCACGAGUGGCAAGCUUUGUGUGGUUGGAUCGGCUCACAUGUUUAGUGAUCAAUAUAUGGAUAAAGAGGAGAAUGCUAGAGUCAUGGAUGUAAUAAUACGAUGGUUAACGACGGAUGAGAUUGAGUUGGACGCGAUUGACGCUGAAGAUCCAGAGAUAUCGGAUUAUAACAUGUUGCCGCACACUGAGAAGUUAUCGGAUCGUUUAAAGAGUUGUUUACAAGAAGGCGACGACAUCCCGACCGACUUCACAAAGUUGUUCGAUACAAAACUUUUUAAACUGGAUAACGCAGUGUUGCCCAAAAUACUCAAAGCGUUUGACCAGUUAAACAUCAAACACGAACCGUUAACGUUGAUCCCACCUAGCUUUGAAACCCCCCUUCCACCCCUGCAACCUGCUGUUUUUCCCCCCGAAUUCUGCGACCUCCCCGGCCCUCCGCUCGACUUGUUCGACCUCGACGAAAACUUUUCAUCGGAGAAAGUUCGACUCGCACAAAUAACCAACAAAUGCAACGACGAUGACUUAGAAUACUAUGUUCGCGAAUGUGGGGAUAUAUUGGGGAUCUCACCCAAGCUACCCAAGGAUGGACAAGAUGCCAAACACAUAUUGGAACACGUGUUGUUCCAGAUUGUUGAGUUUAAGAAAGCUAUCCUGGCGGAAAAUCCCGAAGAUCAAUUUCUACCCGAGUGACAAUGAAGUUAUUAUGAUGUCAUAAUUGACAACAAUCAUCAUUGUGACAUUCAUGAUGUCACAAUAAACUGGAAAUUUUAACAAAAUAUUUGAAAAUUACGGUAAAAUGUAAAUGUAGCUAACACAGACACCAAACAAUAAAACACAGGGGAGGCAGGGAUAGUUAGACACACAAUCCUGUGAAACAAAUCUAACUUAUUGUUGUAAUGUUUGCUGAUUAAUGCAGUGUAAAAAAUAAGAGGUAUGUCUGUCCACCCUGCCACCCCAGGUUUGGUGCCUAUAAGUGCUACUGCUAUCUAGUGGCGGAAUGUUAAAUGUUAGCAUUAAUGUUGUGUCUAUGUUUGCUGCUUGACACACAAAAAGUUUAAAUUUCAAUGAAACUCAGUAUUUUUACUUCCCAGAGUUUUAGUUACGUUUCUUUGACAGACUGUGUUUUAUUUUUGCAUAAAUAAAGUAGUUUAAGAUUCUA